CGCGGGAUGCCAGACGCUGUCCCUCGUCACCUCCUGCGCACACGCAAACAUUCGGCGAAAGGCGACUUUGUCUUCCGUCAAAGAGAGCGAAGGAAGGUCAACGCAGCGGGAGGUCGGCGAUGAAGUUGUGUCGGGCUCAAGCACUCGUUUGUUGCGGUCUGCUGAUUGUGGCGGCCUUCCAAAGCGAGGCCAGCGAUGUCGACGCCUGUCGGGAUCAAAACUCGAUCGAUAACCUCCGAGUGUCGAGUUCCUCAGAAGCGGAUUUCGGUGACACGGUGUAUAUCAAAGAGGACGAAACCUUUAACUGCUCGCUUUACCCAACCAACGUGCUCAACUGCUCGUGGGCCUUCCCCGCUUUGCCGGCGGACGCUCGGCUUUAUGUUUCCAUCAGCAUUUGCGAGAACAACGGCACCGUUCGCCCGCUUCGCCCGACGUCUCGAGAACAUUCCGGAUCGGCGUCCAUCGCUCUGAGGGAUGACAAGCUGUUGUAUGUCACGGUCCAAUUCAACGUGUCCCUGCGCCAGAGGUGGGUCGUGUACGGCUACGGGUACGACGCUGAAACGAUCGAGGUUUCGCGUCCGCCCGGAAACGUCCGCGCUUCGGUCAAAGGCGUCGACCUGGCGGUGACCUGGGACGCGCCGCGCGCGGCCGCCCACCGAAACCCCACGUGCUUCCAGUACCAGCUGGACGUGGGACGCCAGAAAUGUACAAUCGAGAGGGGCGAGCUGACUUACACGAUCCCCAACGUUGAUCGUACGUCCGACUUGAGCGUGAGGCUCAGAGCCCGGAAAUCGACCGCUUGCUCAGGAUCGCGAUCAUGGAGCCAGUGGAGCAAUACUGUCGGUACGUUUCAACUCCUGAACCCGCAACCUCAGAACAGUGAGGCAGCAAUAGAAAGGUCAUUGGAUCCGCUCAACAUGAAGCGGACGGUCCCGUUUGCACUCGGAAUCCCCAUGAUCCUCGUCACUCUGUUCUGGCUCCUGAGGGUCCACCGUCUCAGGGUGAUGAAGGUUCUGUUUCCCACGAUUCCUCUCCCCCCAUUAAAGUACAAAUAUUUCCUGGACGGAAACAACACAUUCGACGUAAGGACGUCUACGCACGCGCAAUCGCUGACACAUCGAAGAAUUCAACAAGGGCUGUUCAGCUGCCACUCGAAAAAAAUGUAACCUUUGUGAAAUGGAUUUUGUUUUCCUCCAGUUUUAUCUUCCCGCGACGUCGGCGAAGUAUGAAGAGGAGAUCACGGUGGUGGACGACACAGAGAAAGAGUUAUAAAGUCAUUUUCAUCGCAACAAUGGAAUGAUUAGAAUGACUUUGUCCAUAUCGUUCACGUGUUUAGAGAUAAACAUUUCUACUAGUCAAGUUUAUUUUUUUGUCGCCCUUACUCACAAAAAAGUCUCAAAGGGCGUCGCGGCCCCGCAGUUGGCAAAGACUGACGACAUCCCCUAAUCUAAACCCCCAAUCAGGCAAGGAAAAGCUCCAAAACCUGGGCUCGUUGUAUUCAUUGAAAAUAAACUGUAAUUGUGGUUUGCAACAUUGAA